UCCGGGUCUGAGUCCUGGUUGAGUCGGGAGGUCCAGCUGGCGACGAGCAUCCUGUGCAGCAGCGCGGGCUCCAUGCAGCUUCAGCAGCUGCACCGGCAGCUGCUGCAGCGCUGCAACAUCAGCGAAGAAGAGUUCAGCGCCAUGGUUUACAAGUGUCCCCGCUUCCUGCUGGUCGGCGGGCCCUCGGGGGACCCCACGGUGGUGGCCCGGACCUCUCUGCGCCUCUGCGGUCGCUACGGCCGCGAGGACGCCGGCUGUUGUCGCGAGGACUGUCCGCAGCUGCACCUGUGCAGGUACUUCCUGUUCGGAACCUGCAGGUUCGGCAAGGCGAG